UCUCUUGAUUCUAUAAUAUUAAAUUGUAUCGAUUCUCGCAACUGCGCCCGGUUACGCCAGCGAAGCACUCGAUGAAGCAUUAAACAACGUAUUGUCUGGCGAAGAUAUGUCGUUGAGCCUGUUUCUAAUCGCGACGACACUUUUCUCUCUCGUCGGAGCCGAUGAGGCAGACGUCAAAUUUAUUCGCGACUACUUUCGCGCGCGCACCGUUAGCCAAAUCGUAGCUUUUGGCUGCUGGGAUUCAUACGGAAAGAUGGAAGUUUUCCGUAGCUUGGCAGGGUUGGACACAAGGCUAUCGCUGAUGCCGAUUUCCGUUGGCCAGGACAUGCGUGAACUCAUGAAGGUGAAUUACUAUAGGAUCGGCGUAUUCCUCGACCUGGACUGCGAGCAGAGCAAUUUCGUUACGGACCAGUUCAUAAGCGCUCGUCUGCCCUUCAACGAGUCGUACUUCUGGCUGAUGAAAACGAUCGGCUCGAGAGCACCUCUCGAGAUGCUCGACCUGUUGCCGCUCAGCAUCAACGCCGAGCUGACUCUGGCUACUACUGCUACUGGUGGCGCUCACAGGUACGAGCUCUACGACGUCUACAAUCCAAGCUACAGACACGGUGGCAAACUCAACUUUACACGGAUGGGUUACUGGGAUCGGGACGAAGGGCUGAGGAUUCACAUGACGCAGUACAAGUACAAGAGACGCGGCGAUCUUCGGGGCAUGGUUCUGAAUUUUUCGAUCGUGGUGGACUUUCCACCGGCGAACGUGGACAUGGCCACCUAUUUGACGACGCCGAUUCAGAAGCAUCUCGACACCAUGCACCGCUACAACUACGCCCUGACGCUGCAGCUGCGCGACUACUACAAUUUCACAAUGAACCUGAUGCGCGGCGGCACGUGGGGCUACCUCAUCAAUGGCACUUUCAACGGCAUUGUCGGCGACAUGAUAAAGGGAAUCGUCGACGUGGGAGCGACGCCCUUCCAAUUCAAGCCCGAGAGAAUGGACGUGAUGGACUAUACCGUCCAGGCGUAUAUGGCUAGAGCAGCCGUCAUAUUUCGGCACCCAAAGAGGCAGACUCUGAACAACAGUUUUCUCGAGCCGUUCUCCAAGCAGGUCUGGUGGCUGACCGCCGUCGUCGGCCUGAUCAAUUGGAUCCUCCUGUACUUGACCAUCAAGAUGGAGCAGCGCUACGUCGGCAAUGUUCAGGGCAGCACGCUCUUUACGCAACCCGAAUCCGAGACCUUCCUCAUCACCAGCGCUGCCAUUUGCCAACAAGGCUUGAGCGACACGCCGCGAGUAUACUCGGGCCGAAUAGUCUACAUGUCUCUGUUUCUGUGGGCUCUGCUGCUCUAUCAGUUCUACUCCGCCAGUAUAGUCGGCUCGCUUUUGUCGGAAAAGCCGCGUUUCAUCAGGAGCAUAAAGGACCUCGCCGAGAGCAGUCUCGAAGUCGGAAUCGAGGAUAUGCCCUACAAUCACGACUUCUUUCGGACCACGAGCGACAAGAACGUCAUUGAACUUUUCGAGCGCAAGAUAGCGCUGAACAAGCGCCGAAAGAAAUUUCCGUACUACAAGGCGGAGGAAGGCCUUCGAAGAGUUCAGAGAGGCGACUUCGCCUUCCAAGUCGACGUGGCGACGGCUUACAAAAUCAUAACCGAUACGUUCAGUGAGAACGAAAUUUGCGAUCUACAGGAGAUAGAGCUCUUUGGGCCAAAGCACACCGCUACUUGUACCGCCAAACACUCGCCUUUCAAGAAGAUGAUCACUUACGGCUUACGCCAGAUAGUGGAGCACGGGAUGGCACAGCGAUUGGGAACAGUCUGGAAGCAGAAACGUCCAUUGUGCCCCGAGAGUCACAGCUCAACCCCGACUCCAGUGAGUCUCGACGAGUUUAGUCCGGCACUCGUCAUGAUAGCCGCCGCCUUCUCCAUUUCUAUCUUCAUAAUGCUCGCGGAGAACCUGGUGCGAAGGUCCCUACGCAGACGGCGGCUACUGACGCCUCUCUUUCGACGAGCCAGCGCCGAGAAAAUCGAUUCACGCGACGAGACAAAGGUGUCGCAGGAGACGUAGAAGGGAGAGUCCAUACUGAUGUCUUACUCGUGCAUACUCUUUUAGUUCCAGAUUGAGAUUCCGUGUUUUUGUUUCAGUAUAUUAUUGGAUUUCUGUCGCACACCUGACCGAAUGUAUUAUUUUUAUAAAGUAUACGUUUUAACCGUUUCUUCGAAUAAACGCAUAAUGAACGCGA